AUGGUGCCGUGGGUAGGGCGGAGCUUAGCGCUGACGCCGGGACGGUACCGAACUAGCGGCGGCCCGGCCGGCCGGGGUCACUGCAGUGCUGCCGGACCACGCGUGGGGGGCGGGACGGCGGUCGAGCCGGGCCAGCGCGCCGCCCAUUGCGAUACCGUGUGUGAGUGUGUGUGUGCGUGUGUGGGUGCGUGCCGAACGCAGUACGGUGGUGACUGUGCGAGGUGCUCACGGAACUGGCUGAGGAGGCUGUCGGAUUCAAUAAGGGUUCACGUCGGCCAUGUGCGGCCGCCGGGCCUGAGACGCCGCUGCACCAUGGCGGCCGGUCGGGCGCCGCCGCCGCCGCCGCCGCGGCUGCUGCUGCCGCUGCUAACCCUCCUGCUGGCCGCCGCGCCGCGCCCGCUCAGCGCCGAACACGUCUGCGAGUUCGAGGUGUCCGAGGGUGUGCCGGCCGGCACCAGCGUCGGAUUCAUCGAGACGGCUGCGUGCGGACCGCGGCCGCCCGAGCCGCCGCCCUACCUCAUCGUGCCCGUGCCCGACAGCCACGUGGACACGGACCUCAGUGUGGACGAGGGCACCGGCCAGGUGCGCACGCGCGUCGUGCUCGACCGCGAGGUGCGCAGCUCGUACUCUCUAGUGGCGAUCCCUCAGAGCGGCGAGAACAUUCGCGUGGUGAUCCGCGUCAACGAUGCGAACGAUAACGCGCCCACGUUUCCCGUGGACACGAUGACGAUAGAGUUUCCCGAGAACACGCCGCGCGAUGUCAAACGGACGCUGUUCCCAGCGCGGGACCUCGAUCUCGGUGCGUUCAACACGCAGCGAUAUGAUAUCGUUUCGGGCAACAUCAACGACGCGUUCCGUCUGUCGUCGCACCGCGAGCGCGACGGCGUGCUCUACCUCGAUCUGCAGAUCAACGGCUUCCUGGACCGCGAGACGACGGCCUUCUACAGCCUGGUGAUCGAGGCGCUGGACGGCGGCUCGCCGCCGCUGCGCGGCUCCAUGACGGUCAACAUCACCAUCCAGGACGUGAACGACAACCAGCCCAUCUUCAACCAGUCGCGCUACUUCGCCACCAUCCCGGAGAACGCCACCAUCGGCAGCUCGGUGCUGCAGGUGUUCGCCACAGACACGGACAGCGCCGCCAACGGGCGCGUCACCUACUCCAUCAACCGGAGGCAGCGAGACCGCCAGAACUACUUCAAAAUCCACCCCGACACGGGCGUCAUCUCCGUGAACCGGCCGCUCGACUUUGAGGCACACGAGGUGCACGAGCUGGCCGUGGUGGCUCGCGACGGAGGAGCACAGCCGCUCGAGGCCACCGCCUUCGUGUCGAUCCGCGUCUCAGAUGUGAACGACAACCUGCCCACCAUCAACCUCAUCUUCCUCAGCGAGGACGCGUCUCCGCGGAUUGCCGAGGACGCUCAGCCGGGCGAGUUCGUGGCUCGCAUCUCCGUCAACGACCCCGACACCAAGGAGGAGUACGACAACAUCAGUGUCAACGUCACCCUCUCGGGCGGCGACGGCCACUUCGGGCUGACGACUCGCGACAGCAUCAUCUACCUGGUGAUCGUGUCCAGGCCGCUGGACCGCGAGCUGAAGCCCAACUACACCCUGACUGUGCGCGCCACGGACCAGGGCACGCCGCCACUGGUGGCCACGCGCUCCUUCGACCUCCUGGUAACCGAUACUAACGACAACGCGCCGCGGUUCGAGAAGAGCGAGUACCACGCCAGCCUGCUGGAGGUGGCCGACCCCGGCACUGAGGUGCUCCAGGUCACCGCGCUCGACAACGACGAGGGCUCCAACUCGCGCGUCAAGUACUCCUUGGUGCCGGGCGACGGCGCUCGCUCCGACUGGUUCGAGAUCGACGCCAUGACCGGUCUGAUCACGACGCGCGCGCAUGUGGACUGUGAGACGGAGCCGGAGCCGCGGGUCACGGUGCUGGCCACGGACGGCGGCUCGCCACCGCUCUCGGCCACGGCCGCCGUGCGCGUCACCAUCGUCGACGUCAACGACAACGAGCCGGUGUUCGACCAGAGCUUCUACAACGUGUCCGUGGCCGAGGACCAGGCCGUCGGACACUGCAUACUCAAGGUCUCGGCCACCGAUCCGGACUGUGGCGUCAACGCGCGUGUCAACUACACCCUGGCCGGGGGUCGUCAGUUCACCAUCCAGCCGGACACGGGAGACAUCUGCAUCUCGUCACCGCUCGACCACGAGACGCGGGCCGUCUACGAGUUCCCCGUGGUCGCCAUGGACAGAGGCGGUCUGAGCACCACAGCCAUGGUCAAGGUGCAAAUCAGCGAUGUGAACGACAACCGCCCGACCUUCUACCCUCGCGAGUACAAGGUCAGCCUCCGCGAGCACGAGGUCAACUCUGGCGCGCUGGUGGCCGUCGCUGCCACAGACGCUGACGCCGCCUCCAACGGACGCAUCCGCUACAGCAUUGUCAGCGGCAACGCCAACGGCCUGUUCAGGAUCGACGCCAGCACCGGCGAGGUGUUUGUGACGGGCGCGCUGGGUCAGGCGCCGUCCGUCCACCGUCUGGAGGUGACUGCCACGGACGGCGGCGGGCUGCGCUCCCUCACCAACGCCGAGGUGGCGCUCAGCCUGGUGGCCGGCAGCGAGCGUCCGCCGCUGUUCGAGAAGGCCCGCUACCUGUACGCCAUAGCCGAGGACGCCCCCGUGGGCUCUCAGGUCGGCUCCGUCAGCGCCACCGCCGGAGAGACGGGAGCCGAGGUGCGCUACAGCGUGUACUCGGGAGACCCGGACGGCUGGUUCAGCGUGGACCCCGAGUCGGGCGCGCUGCGCACCGCCGCCCGGCUCGACCACGAGAAACACUCGUUUGUGCUGCUCAACAUGCAGGCCGUGUCUGGACAGCCGCCCAUCUACGGCCACGCCCAGGUGAACGUCACCAUCGGCGACGUGAACGACUUCCCGCCCGAGUUUGACGCCGUGGAGGCGACGCUCUCCCUGCCGGAAAACACGGAACUGCGCACGGCCAUCUACUCGGCUCACGCGCGCGACCACGACUCGGGCGAGAACGGCCGCGUGCGGUACCGCCUGCUGCGGAACCCGGACGGCGUGUUCAGGAUCAGCGCCAGGGACGGCUCCAUAUCCCUGGUGAAGAAGGUCGACUACGAGCAGCGGCGCACCUACGACCUGGUGGUGGGCGCCACGGACGGGGGCUCGCCGCCGCUCUCCGCCAACCUCACUCUGCACAUCGCCGUGCAGGAUUUCAACGACAACACGCCGCAGUUCGAGCGCGACGAGUACCAGGUGUCGGUGCCGGAGAGCGUGCCGGUGAACACGCAGCUGCUACAGCUGACCGCCACGGACGCCGACACGGGAAACAACGCGAGACUCACCUACAGACUGGUGGAGCCGCCCGGCCGACUGUUCGGCAUCUUCCCAAACAGCGGCUGGCUGUACCUGAAGGGUGAGCUGGACCGGGAGACGGCCGACAAGUACCGACUCACCGUCCAGGUCACCGACAACGGUACACCGGCGCGUACCGCCACCACGGCAGCCCUGGUGCGGGUGCUCGACGUCAACGAUCACGCGCCAGAGUUCAGUCAGCAGACGUACGAGCUGGCUGUGAUGGAGAAUGUCGCCGUCGGGACGGUGGUGGGGACGUUAGCGGCCACCGACAGGGACCUGGGAGCCAACGCGUCGCUGCGCUACAGCCUCAACCCCAUCAACGCCAGCUUCAGGGUGCACCCCAGAUCCGGUGUGGUCAGCACGGCUGCCGAGCUGGACCGCGAGCUGAUCGAGCUGUACGAGUUCUCAGUGGACGUCUCGGACGAGGGAGUGCCGCCGCGACGCUCCGCCGCCGUCGUCAAGGUUCGUGUGCUGGACGACAACGACAGCGGGCCGCAGUUCCUGGAGCCGCUGGACGGCGUCAUCAGCGUGCGCGAGGAGCAGCAGGCUGGCUUCGAGGUGGUCCAGGUGCACGCCACGGACGCCGACCUCGGAGAGAACGCCACGCUCGUCUACAGCUUCGGACCAGACACGGACAGCGACGUGAACGGGGCUUUCUCCAUCGACCCCGUGUCCGGCGUGAUUUCGACCACACGAGUGCUGGACCAUGAGGCGCGCGCCGUAUACCGACUGGAGGUGGUCGCCCGGGACGGCGGAGUGCCGCCCCGGCAGGCCACCCACCCCAUCACCAUCAACGUGCUGGACCUCAAUGACAACUCGCCGACGUUCGCCACGUCCAGCCUCACUUUCUCGAUACAGGAGAACUCACCGAUCGGAUUCAAGGUGGGGACCGUGGAAGCCAUCGACCGGGACGCCGGCGAGAACGGCCGCGUCUCCUACACCAUCCUCAGCGGCAACCUCAACGACACGUUCGACAUCGACCGGUCGACGGGCGCGCUCUUCACCAGCCGAGAGGUGGAUUACGAGAUGGCCUCGGAGUACCAGCUGACGAUCGCCGCUGCCGACGCCAGCGCCACCAACCCGCAGAACGGCGAGAUCACCGUCACGAUCGGCGUGCGCGACGUGAACGACAACGCCCCGGCGUUCGGCGACGAGCUGGUGCUCUUCUCGGUGGCCGAGGACACGGCGCCCGGCACGGCCGUCUGGAACUUCUCCGCGUCCGACGCCGACAGCGGAGCGGCCGGCACCGUCAGGUACAGCAUCAGCCAGCAGUCGCCGCGGCCGGCGUUCGCCAUCGACCAGUACUCAGGGGCCCUCACCCUGCGCGAGGCCAUCGACUACGAGGUUCACGCCGAGUACACGGUGAUCGUCACAGCCACGGACCAGGCGGAGCCGGUGCGCAGCCGUCUCAGCACCUCGCUCACGGCGCAGAUCAUCGUGCAGGACGUCAACGACCAUGCACCCGUGUUCGUGCGCGCUGGAGGCGGUGGCGUCACGGUCCACGAAGACGAGCCGGUCGGUUACCCGGUGCUGCACGUGAUCGCCAUCGACGGAGACUCGCGAGACAACGGCCGCGUUACCUACACCCUGACCGACGGCGACGGCGAGGACGUGUUCAGCCUCGACGAGGAGACAGGUUUGCUGUCUCUGGCGCGUCCUUUGACUGGUCGCCCGGAGCGCCACUAUCGUCUGAACGUCACGGCCACCGACCACGGUCAGCCGCCGCAGCGCGCCACGACCGCCGUCCGCGUGGACGUGCAGCACGUCAGCCGUCACGUCAGCCUCUUCAGCCGACCGCUGUUCUCCGCCAACGUCAGCGAGCGAGCCGCCGUCGGAACCCUGGUGGCACGCGUCGCCGCCGAUCGCGAGGACGACGGUGAAGGCGGAGGGGCGACGUUCAUGAUCCCGGCUGGCGUCGCCGGAGAUGCGUUCAAGGUGGACCCGCGAACGGGCGAGGUUAGGACGGCACGGAGGCUGGACCGUGAGACCACAGACCGACACGUGGUGACCGUCUAUGCCAACGACGGGGCCGUGCCCAGCCGCUUCGACGCAGCCACAGUCAUCGUUGAUGUACUGGACGAAAACGACCACUCGCCCGAGUUCAGGGGAGCGUGUUACCCGCUGCGCGUGCCGGAGAACAGCGAGCUGGCCGUGAUCCACGCCGUAGUGGCCGUCGAUGACGACAUCGGCAGCAACGGACAAAUCACCUACAGCAUCACAGACGGCAACGUCGGCAACAAGUUCUCUAUCGACGCGCGCACCGGAGCGCUGUCGGCCCGGCCGCUGGACCGCGAGGCACGCGACGCCUACCAACUGGAGAUCACGGUUCAGGAUGGUGGCUCGCCGGCCCGCCGCGCGCCCCUCAACUGUCCGCUGACCGUGCACGUGCUGGAUGAGAACGACAACGACCCCGUGUUCCAGCAGCGCCGCUACCAGGUCCGUAUCCCCGAGGACGCGCCUCUGGGCACGGAUGUGGUGACCGUCACAGCCACGGACGAUGACGCCGGGGACAACGGUCGGGUCACCUACAGCCUGAGCAACGAGACACAGUGGCGCUUCCGGAUCGACAACCUCAGCGGCCGCAUCACCACCGCUGGCUCGUUCAACCGCGAGCGCCGCUCCCGGUACACGUUCGAGGUGCAGGCCACUGACGGCGGUCAGUACGACGCCCGCGUGGCACGUGCCACCGUCACCGUCAUCAUCGACGACGCCAACGACCACGCGCCGGUGCUGACACGCUACCCGUUCACGGCGAGGGUGCCCGCCUACACGGAACAGGGCACCGAGCUCGUCACCGUGCACGCUGACGAUAAUGACCUCGGCGCGAACGGACAGGUCACUUACAGCUUCGCCAACCAGCCUGCCAACAGCGCGUUCCGAAUCCACCCGGAGACCGGGGUGGUGAAGGCCAUCGGGUCUCUCAGCAAGGAGUCUGGACGAGUCUUCCACUUGGAGGUUGUGGCUAAGGACCGCGGCAGUCCGCCGCAGUCGGCCGUCGGUCUGGUGGAGAUCAUCGUGGGUCAGCAGCGCGACCAGACCACGCUUCAGUUCCAGAACGACACCUACACGGCGCGCAUCCCCGAGAACGCCCAGACCGGCAGCGACGUCAUACAGGUGACGGCGGUGCGCAGUGACGGCCGGCGCCAGCGGAUCACCUACAGUUUCGGCUCCGGCAACGAGGACGGCACGUUCGAGAUCACGGCCAACAAUGGCCUGAUCCGGGUGCGCGACCCGCGGAGCCUGGACUUUGAGCAGACACGCCGCCGCCGGCUGGUGGUGGUGUCCCAGGCCGAGGGCACCACGCCGCUCUACGGGUACACCACUGUGUUCGUGGACCUGGAAGACCGUAACGACAACCAGCCGCGCUUCACCCAGGACGAGUACAGCAGCGCCGUCUGGGAGGGCAACAGCAAGGGCACCUUCGUCGUACAGGUCUCUGCCACGGACGCCGACACGGGAGCCAACGCUGACGUCGUCUACAGCAUCGUCGAAGGAAACCUGGACAACGCGUUCGUGAUCGAGUCGCGCUCGUCGGGUGUGGUGCGCACCAACAUCGUGCUGGACCGAGAGAUCCGCGCCUCGUACGACCUCACCAUCACGGCUACGGACCGGGGCCGUCCGGCGCUGGUCGGACGCUGCGCGCUCCACAUCCGCGUCAUCGACAUCAACGACAACCGGCCUACGUUCCCUCCCACCUCUGUGGUGAGCGUCAGCGAGGGCGCCCAGGUCGGCCAGCUGGUCACCACCGUCACCGCCAACGACGUCGACACCAGCCCGGCGCUGACGUACAGCUUCGCCGGCGGCGCAGCGCGCCAGGAGGCGUUCGCCAUCGACCGCUUCACCGGCCGGAUCGUGCUGGUGGAGCGGCUCGACCGCGAGACUCGGGACCAGUACGUGCUGCGCGUGUCGGCGUCGGACGCAGCGCACCAGGCCGAGACCAACGUCACCAUCAACGUGCUGGACGUCAACGACGAGCCUCCUGUGUUCAGUCAGAGCUCCUACACGGGCGGUCUGCUUGAGAUGAGCGGGCCCGGAGUCGAGGUGCUGCGGGUUUCGGCCUCUGACCGGGACCUGGGCGAGAACGCGCGCAUCACCUACUCCCUACUCGACGACUCCGAGACGGGAGAGUUCGCCGUGGAACCCAACACCGGCGUACUGCUCACCAACAGCACAGUCCGUUUCGAGCCCGGUCGACCGGAUAGGCAGUUGGUGGUAGUGGCGAGCGACGGAGGCCGCCCGUCGCGAACAGCCGCCGCCGCGGUCCGACUCCGAGUGCAGGACAUCAACAACCACGCGCCAGAGUUCGAGAAGUCCGUCUACAAGGCCCGUGUCAGCGAGGACACAGCACUGGGUAAGGUUAUCCUGCAGGUCAGCGCCGAGGACGUGGACGAGACGCGCAACAACCGUAACAUCGACUACAGCCUGGUCAGCGGCAACGAGGACGGCAUGUUCCAGAUCGCCAGUACCACUGGCGAGCUGCUGCUGGUGCGUCCGCUGGACCGUGAGCAGCGCGCGCGCUACGUGCUGGACGCGGCUGCCAGCGACCGGGGCACGCCGGCGCGCAACACCACGGCGCAGAUUGUCAUCGACGUGACGGACGUCAACGACCACCAGCCGCAGUUCAACCAGACCGAGUACACGGCAGUCAUCAGCGAACAGACCCAGGUGGGCGCCGAGGUGCUCCGCGUGUUCGCCACCGACCGGGACGCCGGCGAGAACUCUGCCGUCGUGUACGACAUUACCUCCGGCAACGAGCAGCAGGCGUUCGCCCUUGACGGAGACACGGGCGUGGUGCGCCUGCGACAGCGGCUCGACUUCGACCGGCUCUCAGAGUACCGUCUGGUGGUGCGCGCCACGGACCGCGACCCCGCCCGGCCGCUCUCAGCGCUAGCCGCCGUCCACAUCCGCGUCAGCGACGAGAACGACAACGCGCCGCGCUUCCCGCAGCCCGUGUACCACGCGUUCGCUGUGGAGAACGCGCCGGCCGGCCAGCUGGUGUUCACGGCGCACGCUAACGACGCCGAUCGCGGCCGCUUCGGGCGGCUAAACUACACCCUGACGGAUGGCGGAGACCGGUUCCAGGUGGACGCGCUCACCGGGCAGGUCACCACGGCCGCGGUGUUCGACUACGAGCAGAGGGAGUUGUACACGUUCACCAUCAGCGCGGCAGACCCCGGCGGAAGGACUGCCACGGCGACUGUGCGAGUGGCGGUGCGGGGAGUGGAUGAGUUCGCCCCUGAGUUCACCGAGAAGCAGUACCAGUUCCGCACGCCUGCCGACGGCCCGCCCGGGUACGUGGUGGGUCGGGUGGUGGCCACCGACCGCGACCGCGGCGCCGACGGACAGGUGGUGUACCGACUGCGAGAGCCGCACCAGUUCUUCCGCGUGAACCGGACCAGUGGUGAGAUCGUGGUGACGCGCAGUCUGGGCGAGCGGAGGAGGGCGCGACGCGAGGCCGAGCCGCCGGCCACCACCAGCGAGCGGCUCGAGAUAGUGGCCUCUAGCGGCCGGCCGGGAAGUCUAAGUGCGCUGACUGGCGUCGAGGUGGUGCUGGACCCAUCGCUGAACGGGACCGGUCUGCCGGCCGCCGCCGGCGGCGGGCUCGCCUCUUGGGGUGUGGGUCUACUGGUGGCCAUCAUCCUCAUCGUGAUGGCGUUCGGCGCCGCGUUUGUGUUCCUACACAUGCGUAACCGACGCGUAGGGAAGCCAACGAUGGCCGACCAGUUCGACACGUCGUUCGACACGGAGGUGCGAGCCGGGCCGGCGGCCGGUCUCCAGUUCCCGCCGCGGUACAGUGAGAUCGUGCACCCGUACGGCGGCGGCGGCGGCGCGACGGCCGAGCCGCGCCCGGCCGGCCGUAACACGCACUCUGAGCUCUCUGAGCAGUCGCACCGGUCGGCCUCCUCCGGGCGCGGCUCGGCGGAGGACGGUGAUGAGGACGAGGAGAUACGGAUGAUCAACGAGGGGCCGCUGAUGCAGCAGAAGCUGCGCCAGCUGGCCGUGCCCGACGAGGACUCUCUAUCGGAGAUGUCGGCGCACAACACGCAGGAGUAUCUGGCCAGGUUGGGUAUCGACACGUCCCGCGAUGACUCGCACUCGCAGAGCGCGCGCGCCGACAGUGCGCACGUGCUGGACGGCGGCGGGUCUGCGGACGGCGCCGCGCGGCUCGGUGAGCUGCUGUCCUCCAAACUGACCGCGGUGGGGGCAGAGGAGAACGAGGCCAUCAUGGACGGCACGCGCGCGUUCGGCCUGGACGAGACGCAGCCGUCGAUGACUGGCUCGCUGAGCUCGAUCGUGCACAGCGAGGAGGAGCUGACGGGCAGCUACAACUGGGACUACCUGCUUAACUGGGGGCCGCAGUACCAGCCGCUGGCGCACGUCUUCUCCGAGAUCGCGCGGCUCAAAGACGACAGCGCGCCCAGUCCGUACGCGGUGAGCGCGGCCAAGCCGCCGCCGCUGCUCACCAACGUAGCGCCGCGCUCGGUGGCGGCGCCCGUGGUGCCGCGCUCCGGUCUCGGCCCGGGCGCUCCGCCGUCGCUGGCGCGCUCGCCGAUCGCGCACGACGUGUUCGCGGCGCCGGCCAUGUCGCCGUCCUUCUCGCCGGCGCUCAGCCCGCUGGCCACCCGGUCACCGUCGCUGUCGCGUCACGUAGCGCACGUGCCCCCAUCGGCGGCGCACCGGCGGCCGCAUCUGCUCGCCGGCGCCUCGUCCAGCUCAGAGAGCGAACUGCGCCUCUAGGCACAACUCUCCGAGCGCGUGUAGUGUUCAUCGCCCAUGCCAUCGCGCGCGGUGGGCCGUGGCGACAGCGGCCGCGCGGCAGUGACGCGUCUGCCGCCCCGCUCGGCACCGCUCGUGUCUUCAUGUGAUAUAGGGUAUAAUGGCUGGUCACGACCGUGUGUGACCGGCGUGACCCGUCAGUGACCUGUGUGACCAGUGUGUGACCCGCCGCGGUCACAUAUGCCAAACGUUACGCACCAUUUUACCACCGCCGAAUGAUGGUGAAGCUUUGCUACGAACAUUCGAAAAGUUGUCGAGCGGUGCGAAAGAUAUUCGUUGAUAUUUGUGGCUUUGAACUCGACAGCUUUGAGGUUUGUGGCAUUUUUGAUAUUUUAUCACCUCCGGUUGUAUGACUGAGCGAGAUGUUGUUUGUUCUGUUGUUAUGUGGCUGCCUGCAAGAGUGAAUGAAAUCAAAACUGUCCAUUGAUGUAUUGACCGCAGUAACAUUGUGCGCAUUUCAUAAACGUGUCUGUAUUGAGUUUGCUAAUAAACGACGGUCAAUUUGUGCCAAACGUGAAA